UCGACGACUCCUUCAGUUUGUUGAGAACCGGGUGCGAUGACGACUAGCUAGCUAGCGUUAGCCACCCAAUGUUUUCACAAUGCGGAUCUAGCUAGAACAACAGCUGUUAUUUUUUAAGCGUUUCUACGGCGAAUUUACCAAGCAUCCGAUUAGUAUUCGCGUCUAUAAGGGAAGAAAAAAAAAACGGGGCGACUUAUAAUAAAACCGUAACGGGAAUAGACGCUUAAUUGCUAUUAUUAUGGAGGCGAAGAAGGAGGAGGGCGAAGUGGAGAUCCAGGAGCACGGUCCCGAACAUUGGUUCUCCAAAUGGGAGCGGCAGUGUUUGGCCGAGGCGGAGCAAGAGGAGCCAAGCGAGGACGAGUCGGAACAAAGUCGGCAGAAACUAUGGCACCUCUUCCAAAAUUCCGCUACUGCGGUCGCACAGCUAUACAAAGACAGAGUUUGUCAACAGCAGGGGCUGUCUCUCUGGGUUCCCUUCCAGAAUGCAGCUACUGCCGUCACCAACCUCUACAAAGAGUCGGUAGAGUCCCACCAGCGGAGCUAUGAGCUGGGGAUCCAGCGGGCAUACCAGCGUCGCAAUAAAGACGUGCUGGCCUGGGUGAAGAAGAGGAGGAGAAACAUCAGGAGGGAGGACCUCAUCAGCUUUCUGUGUGGCAAGGCCCCGCCCCCGCGCAACCCCCGUCGCGAUGCGCAGACGCCCAAACACGGGCACGGACACGGACACGCCCUCUCUGUGAUGUCACCCAGCAGGCCGCCGCCCACGGAGAGCGGGUCGUCUGUGGAGGCUGACCUGCAGCCCUUCAGAGAGGCCAUCGCACUGCACGGCCUGAGUGGGGCGAUGGCCAGUAUAUCCGUGCGUUCCGGUGCCCCCGGCUCCCCGACGCACCUAACACGCGACAGCCCCGUCGCUCCGCAGCUGGGUCGUAACCGUAGGAACGGUCUCCACGACGUCGACCUGAACACCUUCAUCGCCGAGGAGAUGGCGCUCCAUUUGGAGAACGCGGCGGCAACCGCUGCAGCCAAUAGGAAGAGGGCAUCUGCCCAGUGCAGUGAUGUCAUCACAGACUCGCCCACCCAUAAACGCAACCGGAUGCUCUGAGUAUCCCGGAUAUCACACAUGCACACCGA